UGUAUUUGUUGGUAUAAUCGGGAACUGUUUUUAACUGUCAAAUUUGACAGUGAUUUCCGCUAAGAUGUUUAGAUCCCGGUUAUUGACAUAGAAUUUUUUUAAUAAAAACUAUCUCUUGAUUGUAUGUACAACAGUAAUUGUGAUAAUUUUACUUAAUUAUUUUUAAAAUAAAAUGGAUAUAUUCAGUAUUGUAUUUUUAACAACCGUUUCAUUAUUGUUCGGUAUAAUUCUAACAUUGGUUGUGCAGUAUUAUGUGUUAGUGAAGUGUUUCAACAAGAAUCCCUUGGCUGAGAAGCCGGAAAAGUUGAGAGAAGAAGUCUUCAGCUUACCCGAGGGUUUAAAACGAGAUAUAGACGCUGUUGACAAAAAGUCUGAUUCAAGCUUGCCCAUAAGUUUAAUGUUACAAUUUCUAUUUUAUGAAUUACGACAUACAGAGUCAGUUAAAAGGUGGCUUUAUAAAAAGCUUUCAUUAGAAUUCGAUGAGUUACUUCAUAAAACUACAGUCGGAAAGUUUUUCGAUGCAAUUAAAAUAAGUGAUAUGAACAUUGGAUCUCAAUUCCCAGAUAUACAACAUAUAGCUUUAGAAGAUGUUAAGUUAGAUAAAACUGAUGGACACAUAGAAACCCUUAAUGUAGCCAUAGAUAUAGAAUAUGCUGGAAAUUUUAUGCUUUCGAUCGAUGCCAAGAUGAAAUUUGGUAAAACGGCUUAUUUAUCAAUUAAAUUAAAGAAAGUGUGCGGGAAAGCUAGGUUACAAUUUACAAGGAUUCCUUAUACCCAUUGGUCGAUAAGUUUUUAUAAUGACCCCGUUCUUGAAUUAGCGGUUGAAUCACAUUUUCAAGGGAGACAACUUCAGGCGAAUAUAACCGGCCUAAUUAUGCAUCAAAUCAAAAAAGCUAUACGCAGAAAACAUACUUUACCUAAUUAUAAAAUUAGAUAUAAACCAUUUUUUGUAAAGACUGAUCCCGGACAAUUAGAUAACGAGGACAGCGAAAUCAUACCCCAAGGACAAUUAGAAAUGAAUUGUCUCGACGUAACCAGACUUUCAUAUACAUCUGAUAUAAUAAACGUUUAUUGUACAUUUACAGUAGAUUCAGUACCUUAUAUAAGUUUGUAUACAAAAGAAAACGUAACUUACUUAGUUCUUGAAUUAACAUUAACAAAAGUACGUCAUCAACAUUUAGGUGUAAUUUUUAAACAAGAACAAACAGGAGUUUUCGUCGAUUCAAUAACACCAUUAACACCCGCUGCUAUAGCCGGUUUAAAAGCCGGAGAUAUGCUUUUAGCCAUCGAAAAUAAAAAUGUAAAUAAUGUUGCAAAUGUUGCCAAAUUAAUAAAAGCUAUAUCAAGCGUGAAUAUAACGCUUAAAGUUGAACGAACAGUUCAAGAUUACGUAUUUAAAACGAAAUCGAAAUAUGAUAAAAAUGAAAAACUUGAAAUGAGUUCUAAAAUUGUUAACACCCCAUCAAGCAUUGACGAUCUUGAACUGGAAACAAAUUCGGAAAGUUUAGAAUUGAUGGUUUCAAAGAAAAAAAGUGACACAAAAGUUCCUAAAAUACUUGCUGGAAAUGAAAAUAUGUCGAAAUUCGCGCAAACAAUCGGCAAUUUUACGCUAAGAAAACGGAAACAAUCCGUUGAAAGAACGUCAAAUGAUAACAGUACGAAAACAACGCCGAACGCAUCAAGUCCAGGAACGCCACAACAUUCCCUAAAACAUUGUAUCUCAAUCCCAAGUACGAUUUUAUUGAAUAAGAAACAUUCCAUUGCCGAAUUACCCGAAAUUGUUCGAACCGAUUUAGAAACGCAAGAUGUGGAGAUUUUAUCAAGUGUAAAUGAGUGUAUUAAAGGAAAGGAAUUAAGUGUGGGCAGUUUGAUUUCUUUUAAUGAUGAUAUUGUAUUUUCGUUAAAAGAGAAACAUAAAUAUUUAAAUAUAAACGUUUGGGGUAUUAAUGGGAGUAGAAAUGAAAUUCUUUUGGGAUAUACCAAUAUAUCGUUAAGUGAAAUAUUAAAUGAAUGUUGUAAUUCGAUGUUGGGGCAAUAUAUGAGAACUUAUUCUUUUUUACCACCUACUAAUAUUCCACCUACAAAUUCUACUCAUCCAUUAAUGGCCCAUUCAGGUUUUGAGCACGUUUUUUGUUAUGGUGAUAUUCUUUUAUCGUUCGUAUGGAAUCACGAUGAAGAUAACGUUGAAGUUCGACCAAAAAUAAUUCCGGAUAACAUUGAAACGAAACCCAACAUUAUAACUGGUACGGUUAAACACGACUUUAUACGGACACAAUUUCAUAGAACCACUCAUUGUGAUUUUUGUACAAAAAAGAUCUGGUUAAAAGAUGCCGUUCAAUGCCGUCAAUGUGGUUUAUGUUGCCAUAAGAAAUGUAUAACAAAAUGCCAAGUAAGCACGGAUUGUGUGCAAAGUGAUAUUGUUAUAAAAACGGAUGGAAUCGAAAGUGACAUAUCAAUUAAGGAUGUAAUUGUUCAGGAUGAUUUAUCUGGAUUGGAUAAAUCCGAUACAGAUAGUUCCGGUGAAUUAAAAAGUAGUUGUAAUUUAAAACGCGUCAACAGUGCUAAUAAUUUAACUAUACCAGGUUCUCAUGUUACAACUUGUCAAUCACGUAGCUUGCCACCAUCACCACAACACACGCCUAGCCGCAAACAAUCUCUCGUCGAUACAAAUCCGUUCAUUUUAUGUCCUGCUGUCUUAGAUGACGUCUUCAAAAAUCCAACGGAAGCAGCUGAAUGCGUUUCGCAACUUCUCGAUCAUAUUUUGUUAUGUCCGAGUGAUGAAUCCCUUAUGGAUGCUGCCAAAGAUACUGGUAAACAACUUUACGCCACCGUUCCAAUGGAAGAAAAAGUUGAUAAGAUUAAUACGAUGAUGGGCGAAUUAAAGAAAGUGUUUGAUAUUGUUACAAUGGAACACGCAAAUUUAUCAAAACAAUUAAAUUCUGAAGAAUCAGAAGUGGAAAAGACGAGAUUAGCUUUUAUGAUGGGUAAAGCUGAUGCAAAAAUGCACGCGAUAUCAGCUUUAAUGCUGCAUUAUUGUACAAGUUUACAACAAUCUCAAGAAAAAAUUGUUUAAAUCGUCGUUGUAUUUAGAAAAAAAAACAUUAGUAGGUUGUGGUUUCUUCAAUUAUGUUUGUUGUUUCCCAUAGAAACGUUUUUAUUGGUUUCUAUUUAUAAUUUUUGCUUAUAGGAUAGGUAUUCUAACAGUUAUAAGUCACUACAAUUAAACGAUUUGCACUAAUAAAAGAGUAAAAAGAAAAUUUUUGAACACAGUAUUAAUUUAUUUAUAUUAAUUAACCUUUCAGUACACGCUACUUACGCAGUUCUCGUUAAAGUAGUACUUUUAUUUAUUUGUUUUAUUUCACAAGUAUUAAUAUUUAUUAGAAUUGU